GAUGGGGUCGGAGCAGUCGUCGCUGCCGCCGAAGAAGCCGGCGCCACGUGCGCCGCCCGUUCGCAGAGGACACACCAUUGCUGUUUCCAACAUUCCGGAAUCGCGGCGCGUGGAGCCGGCGAGUGACAACUCCCCGGGUGCCAGUGUGUGCUCGGACUCCGAGCUGCCCUACAUCUCCUACACCGUGGACCGGCCCAUCGGAGAUUCCCCGAAGGCGUCGGGUACGUCGCGCGCCGGCGCCGGCGACCGGCGCGCGCUGCUGGCGCGCCGCGCGCCGAGCGCCGGAGCCGGAGCCGGGGCCGGGGCCGGAGCCGGCGCCGGCGCCGGAGCGCGGCGCGCGCGCGACAUCGUGGUGGUGCGCGCGCGCGCCGGCGACGCUCUCGACGAGGACAUGCAGCGGCUGCAGGAGAUCCCGACGUUCCUGCCGAUCAUGCGCGGCGCGCUGGGGCUGCCGGGCGCGCGCGACCCCGAGGUGCUCGAGGGGCUGGACAGCCGCGCGUGGCGGCGGCUGGCGGCGCGGCUGCAGGCGCACGCGGCCGCCAGCGCGCGCCCGCUCGCCGCCGCGCAGCGCGCGCUCGCCGUCGCGCUCAAGGAGUGUGACGCGUCGCUGGCGCGCGCGCUGGGCGCGCUGGUGUCGCGCCAGCGCAGCAACGCGCGCGGCGCCGAGCGCCUCGCGCGCGCGCGCGGCGUCGCGCAGCAGCUCGCGCGCUGCGGCUCGCUGCUCAGCCAGACUUUACAAGACAUAGAGGAGCUGAACUCGAUGUUGCCGGCGGACAAGCAGCUGGCGCCGUUCGUGUGGGACGAGCGAUGAUGUCCACGCCCACUGCUGGCCUCGCCUACCUCAUGCUCUCGGGGUUACAACACGCUAUUGUUACGGGAUUUGGGAGAGAGAUAUUAGCUUCAUUUAUGUAAUAUGCGUUUACAGUCUGUUUAGCAUUACGAAGAAACCUGCAUUAUUGUCUACUACUUUAAUUUAUUGUCUAUUUCUACACCAAGAAGUUUUAUUUGAAUCGUUAGUGGUAUUCGGAUGACGUUUAUUUAUAUUUCGGCUGUUCUGGUAUAUCUCGCUUUCUCCCCAUGAGUACAUCUCGCGAAGGUAGAUGCCAGCAGUGGACUCAUUCCUCCCUUGUCUGUCGCUCGACUAUCAACAGCACAUCAUCUACAAAGGCUUGUAAAUGGGCGUUUUCCGCGGUGGAGCAUGGAGAUGAGUUCAUCUAAUAUUAGGGUCCAGAAGACUGGCCCUGGACGCAGCCCUUGGUCAUUGGUUGGUAUGUUGUGCUGUGUGCUUAGUCCAGGGUUACAUUCAUGUUAGAGAUAUAAUUUUGAAUUAAAUUGUAUAUGUUCCUGAGGCAUCGGAUGUGGUGCAGUCGCUAGGACAGAGCUGGUCACCAGGCGUUGUCGAAUUAUUAUAUCAAGACCCCGCUACUACCGCGCGCUUUUUCUCCUUAUCUGUUCUUAUUAUUCUAAGAGCCGAAUUGCGUGAAUUUAAUAGCGCAUGCGGUGUCACUGCUGUUAUCUGUAUAGAUGCUAUUGAUUUUUAAGGUUUGUGUUGGUUUCCUUGAGGGUGCGUCUUAUACGACGGUGUGUGACGGCUUUCUUCCCCAGAGCGCUGCGCCAGAGCGUCACAGAAGAUAGAAGUUAUUAUCAGCGCCAUCUAUACAUAGGUCAUAACAUAGUAUAAAGCGACAUCUAUAGUCAUAUCGAUGUAUUAUAUCUUGUGUCAUAUUCGUAUUUAUUGAUUAAUUAGCAAUUGAUUCUCGAGACCCUAGAUGGCGCUUAUAAAAAAUGUAUAGAAUAGACACCGAUGUACUUUUCCUAUACAUCACUCGCACGGCAGCGUCGACCCGCGCUCUUGUCUGUACACAAUAAAUCUCGUUCCUGUUUCAGGCCUCUUUCAUUAUAUACAACUGCCUGAAGUGCUCGGUGGAUUGUUUAGUUGUUUGAUUGGCUUCUGUAUAUUCUUUCUUUCUUUUGGGCUUCGAGAUCUGACCACCACGGAUUAAAAUAUUUGGGAUUUCGUUUUAUAUGGAAGACUUUAUUGCAGACAUUGUGUAUGGUAGUGGCUAAUUUAUUUACUGUUUGGUCGAGGUUGGUUUCGGGGAGGACGGAGAAGCGUGUGGGUGACGAGGUGUUCAGUGGCUGAUUGGAGUUGUGUGCAGAAGUCCGACUACUCUCUCAGUGGAGUAUUUGAAUGUAGUGGAUUUGGUUGCUUUUCCGUGUUGUGAUGUAAAGUUAAUUUGAAUGUGAUCGUAUGAGUGGCAUAUCGAGAGCCAGUCUUCUGAUCUAUCUACUAAGUUCUGUGACGCGCAGCAUUGAUUGAGAACACUAUUAUUGAUGAACAGAGGGUGCCGUGUGUGAUGACCUCAAUGUGGGCUCGGCGCCGGCGCUACAGACCGACAUUUGAGGCCAUUAGUGUGUAAUUCGAUCAUGCUCAUUUAAAAAAAAUUGUAAUUGUAAAUAUGUACUAGUAUUAUUAUAAUUUUUUUGUUUAUGGUUUGGAUUUGUAUGACGUUAAAAAUUUUAAAUAGGUAUAGGUAAAUUCGCAGGACGAAAAACAGAUAUUUUUUUUAGAUUUUAAGUAUGUCACGAGAUACCGACAGAAGAAGUUAUUUUAUUUACAAUGGUAAUGUUUUGUACAAACAUACUUCCAAGUGAAAUAUUUUUUAUGCCAAAUCACAAAAUAUGCAGAUUUCAUUGAAGAUAUUUCAAUAGCACUCGACGGUUUUAUUUUUUUAAUUUCUCUGUCGUGGAUACCACCGUAUUUAACUUUGUACUUGUCUAUAAUCAUAUUAUCAUGAAUUAAAAUGAUUUGUAUAAAUAUGUCUUGUAUUGUUAAAUGAGUUAAGCUAAUAUAGUAACGCAAUAAAGUUAUUUCGAAUGCCA